AUGAUUGUAAUAUUUCCAUUAGGUGGUAAAAUCCACACCAUAUCUGCAAUAAUCAUACAUGAGUCCUACAACUCUCCGCCACGCGACAACGACGUGGCGGUACUAGUGCUGACGGUUGCCGUGGCUCUGGGAGCCAGGGUCGAUACCGCGUUCAUCCCCCUGCAGGGCGCUGUGGUACCGGACAACGCUACCCUCGUGCACGUCGGUUGGGGCAGAACAAACGUUGCAAUACCGCAAGCUUCCGAUCUCCUCAACGAGGUAGCAGUUCGCAAGGUUAACAGAAAUGUUUGUCUACUGCGCUACCAGUACCUGCAGACAGCGACCGGCGAUCCUUACCUCGUCACCAACAACAUGAUCUGCGCUGGACUACUAGAUGUUGGAGGUUCAUAA